AAUUACUUGUCCUUCUUUCCCCCCUUUCUCUAGCUAGGUUUCCUAGAGGUGGCCAUGUCUACUCUGAUCUAAAUCUCAUAAGCUCCUCAAAAGACCCUCUUCCACUUUCUCUGAGCAAGAAUAGGCAGAGAAAAUUUUCACCUGUACCCACGUGAAUUGUUGCCAAUGAAUGUGGGCUAACUCUUCAAUUUUGUACUCUUUAUCACUAUCAAAGCGAGCUCCUCUUUCCUGCAACACGUUCGUGCACCUGCAGCAACAAUCACAAUUCACAAAUUGCACUACUAAUACUGCAGUUCAUUAUGCCUGAAAGAGAUGAAGAUAAGGCUUUUAUCACUAAUAAAUAGAGGCUCCUAGGGCUGAUUUUUCUUCGAUCUUGCACCAAUAGAAACUCCAAAAAUAGCUCCUGAAAAGCAACGGUGUUUCAGCUAUGUUUUCUUCAAGUAGCGGUUUCAAUCCUUUUGAUCAAUACGCUAACCAUACCAUGAUUGCAGGCACAGAAAACCCUAGCUCGAUAGAAUCUUGUUCUCAAACAUUCUUGCAGCACUUCCCCGAUCCCUUUCUUGAUGUUGAUGAUUUGCUGGUAGGUGAACUCUUAUCACAACAGCAGCAGCAGCAUCAGGAGGAGGAGGAAGUUUUGGGAUCUAAUACUGCGUUAGCAGUUGAGGCUCAUGAUCCGCAGACUAUCCCUACAGCAUCAAACGAGGAAACAAAAAUCAACAAUAAAAAGAAGAGAAGUAAUGUUGAUACUUCAAAGCAGCCAAUUCGUCAAAGGCGAACCGGGAAGGACAGGCACAGCAAGAUCCAUACUGCUCAAGGGCCUAGAGAUCGAAGGAUGAGGUUAUCCCUUCAAAUUUCCAGAAAGUUCUUUGAUCUCCAAGACAUGCUCGGCUUCGAUAAAGCAAGCAAAACUAUUGAGUGGCUCUUUACAAAAUCGAAGGCCGGGAUCAAAGAGCUCACAGAUAGUGUUCCGGGAGGGAGAAGAAGAUGUAGCAUUUGUGCUGACGGCAAGAGUGUUUGUUCCACUCCAGAGAGUGAGGUUGUUUCAGGCAUCAAGCUGACACCUGAGACUAACGGGGACAAGAGAGGGACGAAGGCAAAGAAUGACUCAUUAGUGAGCAAUCCUAAAGAGAAAAGGAGCAAGAAAGUGCACAAACCAGUCUUUAAUCUUGUUGACAGAGAUUCUAGGGAGAAGGCGAGAGCAAGGGCGAGGGAGAGGACAAGAGAGAGAAUGAAGAACCAAGGCAUAGACACGUCAAGUGAUCGGUCUUCUCAGGCAAACCCUAACAAAUUGGAAAAGUUUGAGUCUUCUAGCCCCCUCGAAUAUGGUGAAAAUUUGGCUCCUGUGAACCAAGAAAUGAGUUCUCCAUUGAAGGUUGGUGAUGUAAAAGAAUCCAGCAAUCAUGACUUGCUACCACAUCAAAUGGAUUAUGUCAGCAUCACUGGGAAUUUCUUUUGGAUCACAAAUUCACCAAGAUCAUCUUCGAUUUUCGAUUUCUCCGAGAGCGUUGCGCUUCCAGGUGGGACAAACUGCAAGGAUGAGUUUCCAGGGUUUCCUUUGAAUUCUGACAUGACAAAUGAUAGAAUCCAGUACAAAUAUAAUGCAUUGACGAACAUGAAGCUACCAACAUUAAACGCCCAUGAAGAAAGCCCUAAUUCAAUUUUCAUGAACAUGCCAAAUCCCAAUGAUCAAAACUCCAUUUCAAUUCUCAUGACCACCACCACAAAUGGCAAUGCAAACCAGUCCUCCUCAAAUUCCUUUUUCGCCGAAGACAACUUUGACUGCUUAUAUUGAAUUAAGUGCCUAAAAUCUUGUGUUUGUUGAACUCAUGUCCAGGGAGUAUUUUUCUUAAUGGUGGAAGGAGAAAGAAAAGAUAUAUAAUUUCUUUCAGAGAUUGUAAGCAUUUCUACCUAUUGGAUUGGUAUGUGUCAGUCUUCGCAUUCUAAUUCGUUUGCAAUGUGUGUGUGUAUUUGGAGUCUAUUUAUUGUAUUGAAUAUAUCUUGUUAAUCUUCCUGCAA